AUGACCCCUGUGAAUGGUACUAUCAACCCAGCCUAUUAUAGCAUCAUAUCCAAGGACUGUUCCAACCAGUUAUUAGCACAACAGAACCCAAUACAUACAGCACCAAAUACCAACAGCACAAAGCACCCAAUACCUACAGCACCCAAUACCUACAGAACCCAUUACCUACACUACCCAACAUCUACAGCAUCCAAUACCAUCAUAGCCAAAGACUUGUUAGCUCUACAGAACCCAAUGCCUACAGUACCCAAUACCUACAGAACCAAAUACCAACAGCACACAGCACACAAUACCUACAGAACCCAAUACCUACAGAACCCAAUACCUACAGAACCCAAUACCUACAGCACACAAUACCUACAGAACCCAAUACCUACAGCACACAAUACCUACAGCACCCAAUACCUACAGCACACAAUACCUACAGAACCCAAUACCUACAGCACACAAUACCUACAGCACACAAUACCUACAGAACCCAAUACCUACAGAACCCAAUACCUACAGCACACAAUACCUACAGCACACAAUACCUACAGAAUACCUAAAGCACACAAUACCUACAGCACACCCAAUACCUACAGCACCCAAUACCUACAGCACACAAUACCUACACCCAAUACCUACAGAACCCAAUACCUACAGAACCCAAUACCUACAGCACACAAUACCUACAGCACACAAUACCUACAGAACCCAAUACCUACAGCACCCAAUACCUACAGCACACAAUACCUACAGCACCCAAUACCUACAGCACACAAUACCUACAGCACACAAUACCUACAGAACCCAAUACCUACAGCACACAAUACCUACAGAACCCAAUACCUACAGCACCCAAUACCUACAGCACCCAAUACCUACAGCACCCAAUACCUACAGCACCCAAUACCUACAGAACCCAAUACCUACAGCACACAAUACCUACAGCACACAAUACCUACAGAACCCAAUACCUACAGAACCCAAUACCUACAGAACCCAAUACCUACAGCACACAAUACCUACAGCACACAGCACACAAUACCUACAGAACCCAAUACCUACAGCACCCAAUACCUACAGCACACAAUACCUACAGAACCCAAUACCUACAGCACACAAUACCUACAGCACCCAAUACCUACAGCACACAAUACCUACAGCACACAAUACCUACAGAACCCACCUACAGCACACAAUACCUACAGUACCCAAUACCUACAGCACACAAUACCUACAGAACACAAUACCUACAGAACCCAAUACCUACAGAACACAAUACCUACAGAACACAAUACCUACAGCACACAAUACCUACAGCACACAAUACCUACACACAAUACCUACCUACCACAAACCUACAAUACCUACAGCACACAAUACAUACACCCAAUACCUACAGCACACAAUACCUACAGCACACAAUACCUACAGAACCCAAUACCUACAGCACACAAUACCUACAGAACCCAAUACAUACAGAACCCAAUACCUGCAGAAUACCUACAGCACACAAUACCUACAGCACACAAUACCUACAGAACCCAAUACCUACAGAACCCAAUACCUACAGAACCCAAUACCUACAGCACCCAAUACCUACAGAACCCAAUACCUACAGAACACAAUACCUACAGCACCCAAUACCUACAGAACCCAAUACCUACAGAACCCAAUAUCUUCAGCACCCAAUACCUACAGAACCCAAAACCUACAGCACCCAAAACCAUCCUAGCCAAGGAGUUGUUCAGUACUACAGCACUCAUACCACUCUUGCGUCAUAGCCAUAGACUGUUUAUGACCAAUUAUUAA